AUGGUUUACAGUAUGGGUACAGGUAGCAAAGGUGAACUUGGUCAUGGUACUGUAUGCAGUGAACAAGAGCCAAGAUUGGUGGAGCAUUUAAGACCGAUCAAAGUGGUGCAGGUGGCAUGUGGUGCAUGGCACAGUGUUGCUUUAACUGAUGGUGGUGAAGUAUAUGUAUGGGGUUGGAAUAAAUGUGGACAACUGGGUGAUAGUUGUGAACCGAAUGAAAUUAUUGACAUUCCGUUUCUAUUAGACCUUGAUGAUUGUGUCAUCCAAAUUCAUGCUGUAGGUCAUGCCACAUUUCUGAGAUGCAGCAGCAACUCGACACUUGCAUUUGGUAAAGCGGAUUUGAUUUAA